AUGUCACCGUCCUACACUGAUCUUGCAACAGAUAUGUGGCACACAAUGAAAUGGUACUACGGUCCAGACGCAUGGCGUGGUUACGUCUUUCCAGAUUCGUUUAUUGACGAAUUCACUCAACACUAUUACUUUCCUCUUCAAGAUAUCACUUAUAUAGUUUAUACUGCAAUCUUUCUUACACUCAUUCGUUCCGUAUUUGAACGAACUACACUCAAACCUUUGGCGAACUAUUUGAAUUUAACUACCGAAAACAACCAAAAGUUCCCUGAAACAGCGUGGAAAUUUCUUAUGAGUGCAUGUGCAUGGUUCUACUGUACCUAUUUACUCUAUUAUCGUUAUAAUUACUACCAAGAACCUUAUCUCAUCUGGGAUGACUGGUCUUCGGGUAUGAAAGUUCCCUUUGAUAUCAAACUAAUGUAUUUCGGUCGAUGUGCCUACGCUUUACAUUCUCUUUAUGCCAUAUUCUAUAAAGAAGCUAAACGUAAAGACUUCUAUGCCAUAUUCGUUCAUCAUAUAUUGACCAUGACACUCAUUCUCGUAUCGUAUGCCAUUCGAUAUCAUAAAGUUGGCCUAAUUGUUCUCUUUGUACACGACAUCAGCGAUGUUUUGCUCGAACUUACAAAACUUUUACAUUAUAUGAGUGUUCGACAAGGUGGUCAAAAAUAUCCUCGAUAUGAAAAUGCUGCCAAUAGUAGUUUUGUUAUAUUCACGCUAAGCUGGUAUAAUGAUUAUUAG